AUGGCAUUGCUUGCACGCGUCCUCAAGAGCAUGGAGCGCAUCGCUCCCCAGAGUCUGGCCGACCACGCCUGGGACAACGUCGGACUCUUGGUUGGUACGACCUCACCCACACGCAACUUCUUCGUUCAGCACCCGUUCAAGUUUGAACAGGCUCCAUACCCAAGGACGAGAGUCGUCUCGACAACCCCUCAGCGCGUCUUCUUGACCAUUGAUUUCACCACCGCUGUUGUUGAUGAGGCUCUCAACGACCCCUCUGUUGGUGUUAUCGUUGCUUAUCACCCCCCAAUCUUCCGUGGCAUGAAGAAAUUGCUUUUAAAGGAUACAAAGCAGCGCAUGGUGCUUCAGUGCGCUGCCAAGGGUGUCAGUGUUUUCUCUCCUCACACUUCCUGCGACUCUUGCGAGGACGGCGUUAACGACUGGAUGCUUCAGGGAUUCGGUGACUCCGGCACUAGCAGUGUUUACGUGCCCGCCGUUAACCCUCCUGCAGGCCAUGAGAACUCUGGAAAGGGACGCGUCUUUACAUUCCAUGAGCCAAAGCCCGUCCAGCAAGUCAUUGAGCAGAUCAAGCGUCACUUUGGCUUGCCUCAUGUCCGCGCCGCGAUCCACCCAACACACGCAUCCAACGAAAAGCUGAUCUCGACUGUGGGAGUGUGGGCCGGAUCUGGAUCGGAAUUGGUCAACCACCCUGCAGAUCUCUACCUCACCGGAGAAUUGGGCCACCACGACGUCCUUGAGGCUUUGGAACAGAACCGGACCGUCAUCCUCUGUGAGCACUCCAACACCGAGCGCGGCUACCUCUCGGCUGUUCUUAAACCUAAAUUGGAGGCGCUCCUCAGCCAGGACGGCGGCGAGCCUGUCGAGAUUGUUGUCAGCAAGACUGAUAAGGAUCCCUUGGUUGUCGUUUAA